UUGUUCAUGCAAAUCACGAUCUGGCUUAUGAAAUACACGAAGCAGUAUAAUGUUAGUAGUGACAGGUGAAUAAGUUUCGGGCAGGUUGCGCACGUGAUAUGCUACUUACGUGUAACAUCCAUUCACUUUGGAAAGAUAUAACGUACUGUUAACCAUGAACGAUACUUCAAGUCUUCUAAAGGAAAUUGGACUGAACGUAUGUGGGCAUGCAGACAAAAGGUCUUUUAACUUACUCUACAGGGCGGACACUGAGGUCAAAGUAGAUGAAUUCCAUUCCAAAUGUGAUGGGAAAGGACCAACUGUCACGAUUCUUUAUUUGAAAAACAACACGAUAUAUGGAGGAUACACAAGCAAAGAUUGGUCAUCGGAGAAGAGGAAAACAAAAGCGGAUAAACACGCAUUUUUAUUCUAUAAGAAUGAUCAUGUUGACGAAAAGUGUGAUUUCAUCCCAAUCGCAGAAAAAAUGCAGAGUAAAGCUAUUACUUGUGAUCCCAAUUUUGGACCGACAUUUGGAUGGGGCCUAGUGUUUACGAAAAGUUACGAUCUUCAAACAUUAAAAAAGGAUAGCAAAUCGGAGAGUGAAUGUAGGGACGGCUCCCUAAUUUUGAAUGGCGCAAUGAACAUUGGAUGCGCAUAUAAAACUCAACCUAGAAAAGUCAGGAGGGAUAUUGUGUCAAACUUGCCUGAAGAAAAAGAUGAAAGUGAGACAAGAGGGACUUUGGCGGUUCCAGAGCAAACACACGUUGCAGAUCCUUUAAUCAUAAAACGUAUUGUUGUGUAUCAAGUUGUAGAAAAGCCAUGGAGGAAAUUCCCAACAGGUAAAGAAGUAGAAGAAAUGAAAAAGCGUCUUGAAGAUUUUAAACCGGUACCUGGACUUGGUAUAACAAAGUAUAACAUACUGCUUCUUGGGGCCAUUGGAUCUGGCAAGUCGAGUUUCUAUAACACUCUAGCAACCGUGUUUGCAGGCUCAGUUAAAUCACAUGCCCCUGUAAGAAGCGCGCAGACCAGUGUUACUAACGAGAUCUACGCCUAUCAACUUAAAUCUACAAGUUGAAAGUAUCUAAAGCUUCAGAUUUUCGACAUAAGAGGAUUUGAUGAAUUUAGAGGAUAUGACCACGAGCUUGAAUACAUUAUCACCGGCAGAUUACCAGUUGGA